AUGUCGGCACUGAAGACUGGGGCCCGGUCUUAUAGAUUUCUCUUCUCCAUCGAGAAGAAUUUUUCUGCUGACCUCACUAAGAUGCUGGUCAGGGCGCGGAAGUACGCAAAGGCGGAGGAAGCUGUUGCUUCCAGACGGGGCAGGGCCGAGCAGGCCUCUAAAAAGAAAAAGAAACAUCGCGAGGAGCGCGGCCGCCCCAGAAGCCUAUCCCCGCGCCGAGCCAAGAACUUGCCUCGCCUGAAAAGUCCUCUCCGACCGCGGGGACUGCUCCGACCAAGGUCCCCGUCUCGUCCGAAAUCUCCACCACGGCCCCGUAUAUCUAACGGGAGGUACGAGAGCUACACUCCACUUAAUGCUCCUCGAACCGAGAUUCUGAUGGAGAUUGAAGGCCGAGAAUAUUUCCGGCCUCCGCCCCCGAUGCGGGACACCAGAGCCUGGCGCAACCCUAGGAAAUACUGCCGUUUCCAUCGAGACUAUAGCCAUGAUACAGAGGACUGCUUUCAGCUCCGGGACGAGAUUGAAGCACUCAUCCGCCGGGGAGUGCUUAACCGGUUCGUGCGGAACCGGUGCGAGGAGAAAAGGCCAAUCGAGGACGCCGUGCAGCCUGGAGAACCGUGUCCCAACAAGCCUGUCGCCGGCGUCAUUAGCACCAUUGGAAGAGGGCCCCCGAUCGGGGAACCGGUUGAAAGGCUUCUCCCGAAGCGCCCCGUAUCUCAGAGGCCAUUUCUUUCUCGGACAGGGAUAUGGAGGGAGUCGAGACUCCCCACGACGAUGCAGUGGUCAUCUCCAUGA